AUGGCAGAAGCUUCUCCGCCCGUUGGGUCGCCUCCACGCUGCCUGUGGUACCGGAGGCCUGGCAUCUACGAGGAUGACAAGGGGAGGACCUGGGUGAUGGCGGUUUUGCAUGUCAGUCCCUCCCACCGAGCUUGGGGCAGGGGCUUCCCGGGCAGCACAUUCCUUCAGCAUGAAGCCGGCAUCACAGUCCACAUGUUGCAGAUGGCGGUGCACCCUCAGAUGCUUAGGUCCCAGACCUGUGCGUUCAUGUCCGGGUUGCCCCUCAAAUGGGAGCUCUACCCUGGGCGGAAGUACCAAGGAACAGAUUCCAGACUCUGGGACAUAGUGGACCAUGGCCAGAUCAACUCCACGGAGCGGCUGAUCCUAACAUACCCAUCGACGGGGGACGACUGA